AUGUCGACUCGACGACCUUCGUUCGGCACAUCUCGAUCGUCGCCAAUCAUCGAGUCUUCUCUCUCCAAACGCACCUAUUCUCCCCUCAACAGCUCUGCCAUCUUAGACGAACCCACUCGUCCUUUCCACGUGCGUCGGCGGCUUCGACGAGCGUCACAACCUGCUGAACCAUCUCACUCCUCGCUGCGCUUCCGAUUCGAUUCGGACAACACCCUCCGCGAUGGGCUGGGCAGCACCACCGAGUCGGGAUCCUCCGACGACGAAUGGGAUCCUUCGCUGUUUCUAAGGAAUCGCCAGCAUCAUCAGCCGCUGACCUCGCUCGAAUACCUCGACCUCCCCGCCUCGUUGCCGUAUUCUAUCGUCUCGCUGCGUGCACAGCUGCUCUCUUAUCUCACCGAGCUCGAGCUGCGAGCACGUGCUUUUUACUCGCAGCGCAUCUCUCGUGCCACAUCUUCCUCUGCUUUGGAUGACAGCGUCGAUCCCCUGUCCGAAGCCACCGGGUCCAACAUCAGCGACGGCAGCAGUAGCGGUCAAGACGAGUCGGACACCAAGUCAGCUUGGAUCGACAGUCACUCGGCCGCCUUCUUCCAGCAGGUUGAGGCUAUGCGCGAAGACCUGAGGCGACUCGUGGCUUUGCUUCCCACCUACCCAGCAUCUGCUUCUUCUGCCCUCGCGUCUCGUUCACAGUCACUUGCUCACGACUGGGAGCGAUUGUCGUCCAGCUUCACUUUGCCCAUCAGCCUCGGCAACGGUCUUCGAGAACGUCUACCACGCCUCCCCACCUCGGCAGAUGCGGCACGGCUCAAGGCGGAACUCCCUUCAUUACCCACCAUGCCCCGCCUUCCGCAGCUUGACCUCGAUUUCGCUUCAGUGCUCGAGCCCCUCUCGACGCAACUACCCACACAGGCCUAUGCGCUUGCGGCCAAGAUGCAGGCGCGCCUUGAGUCGAUUCAAGAGUCCAUGCGCAACAUGGCCUGGCGCGACGCUCUGCAGAUUGCCGAGCAGGACGGCACCAAUGCGACACUCGCCCAGCGGUUUGAGGCUAAACUUGUCGAUCUCUCGGCACGCUCUCGUUCGCGAGCCAACAGCUUCGCUUCGCGUGCCGGUCACGCGGUGCACGAAGCAGAGGAAAAGCUGUAUCAGCUUGCCGUCGAGCUGGCACGCAACGGUCAGGAGUUGAUCCAUUACGAGCAUCUGCCCGCCUUCUUUCGCAACAACGAGCACAUCUUGUCCGGCUACCGCUUCAUUCCGGUCGAGAACUGGCCUGCGUUGCUGCGCAGCUCCUUCCAGGUUCACAAUGAAACGGGCAACAUCCACACACAUCUAUGGGGUCUCCUCGCCAUUGUUCCGCUCUUCUGGCCAAGUAAAGGUCUGGAUGACCAGACGACGCCGAUGGACAGGCUCGUGCAGACCGUCUACCUGCUGGCCGCCGUCAAGUGUCUCACGCUGUCCGUGUCUUGGCAUGUGAUGGCCGGCUGUUCGGACCGCAAAUGGUUCGAGCGAUUCGCUUGCGUCGACUACACGGGCAUCGCAUGGCUUGUCGCUGCCUCGAUCUGGACCAUCGUCUACAACUGUUUCUACUGUCAGCCCAACCUGGCGCUGUUCUACUCAUUUACCACGCUCGUCGUCGGUCUUGCCGGCGCUAUCUUGCCGUGGGCCGAGUGGUUCAACCAGCGCCACAACAAGCACUGGCGCAUCGCUGUGUUCCUAACUAUGGCGUUCACGGGAUUGGCGCCGUUCUCGCAUGCAGCCUUCGAACAUGGCCUGGCCAAGACGUUUUCGUUUUUCAGCCCUAUCUUCCCCUCGUUGGCGUUCUACGUCGGAGGUCUGGUGUUCUACGCUACGCAGUUCCCCGAGAGCUGGGCGCCUGGCCGAUUUGAUACGUGGGGCCAUUCGCAUCAGCUCUGGCACGUGGGCAUUGUGCUGGCGAUUGUGUUCCACUAUCGUGCUGCGCUGCUGUUCCAUGCUAACCGCUUCGAGUUUAGCUGUGCCGUGCCCGGGGCGGAUGUGGCAGCGAACAUGACAGCAGCGGCAUCAUCGGGUGCGGAUUCGACGACGCUCUUCCAGCGCUUGUUUGGUCUGCUUGCCAGGGUGCAGCCGUUCGGUGCGACGGGUCAGGCGGCAGCGACGGUGACACGACCGAUCGAUUCCAUGUUUGCCAAGGUUGGAGGCAUGGAAGGUAUCAUAGGUUUGUCUCGCGCCGACGACCAGGUGUUGCAGUGGAGGAGACUACUCGGCAAGAUCGGAAACGGCGCGGUUGGGAGGGGUUGGGAUGCGCUCGUGGACUGGGCGCAGAACUUUUGGUGA